AUGCCCUUACAAUUAGAGUACUUUAAGGUUUACCAACAAAAACUGAGUUCUUUAGUAGGAGAAGAAAAAGCAAAGGAUAUAGUAAACCGAGCGUUAGCUCUUGUUUCCUUAGGGGGUAAUGAUUUCGUGAAAAACUAUUACUUGGUCCCGUUUUCUGCGAGGUCUCUACAAUAUACUCUUCAAGAGUAUGUCAUCUACCUUGUGUCAGAGUAUCGCAAGAUUUUGAUGAAAAUGUACGAAAUGGGAGUUAGGAGGGCAAUACUGUUAGGUUCUGGACCACUAGGCUGUGCACCAGCGGAGAUUGCGCAACAUAAUAAGCUCAGUGGUGAAUGUUCAACCGAUCUUCAAGCUGCAGCGGAGUUGUUUGAACCACAAGUAGACCAAAUGGUUAAAAACCUUAAUGCUGAAUUGGGCACUGAAGUGUUUAUUUCAGCUAACACAAGACUGAUGCACUUUGAUAUGAUGAACAAUCCUCAGGCGUAUGGAUUUGUAACUUCAAAAUCGGCUUGCUGUGGACAAGGACCAUAUAAUGGGUUAGAUUUUUGUAAUGCGUAUUCAAACUUGUGCGAAAACAGAGACGAGUUUGUGUUUUGGGAUGCGUUCCAUCCGUCAGAACGAGCAUGCAGAUUGAUCGUUGAAAAGAUAGUGAAUGGUACAGACGACUACAUGAGACCAAUGAACCUAACCACAAUCAUGUAUUUGGAUUCCCUUGUGUGA